AUGAUUGUAAUAGAAAAUGAAAUUGAAUUGGACUUGAGAGGUCGAGAUUUCUUACGAUGUGAUACAUUUUUAUUGAAAAAUCAUUCAGUAACUACACAUUAAGAGAUUAAGAGGGAAUUUAACAAGAUACUCAAAAAGAAAUCAAUACUCUUAAAGAUUACAAAGAUUUAUUAUUAAUCGAGAAAUAUGAUUAUAGAUGCAACGUCAUUAAUUUCUAACGCCAGAAAGGAUGGACGAAGAAUUUUAACCAAAGGGGCUAAUGCUAUUAUGUUGAAUAUUGAUUAUGUAACAUAUCCAUAUGUUACUUAAUCCAGUACUAAUGUAGAUGGAGUUUUUAAAGGAUUGAGAAUACUGCUAUUUAAAUUGUUAAAGAAAAGAAGAAAGAACUUUUCUACAUAACUUUCAAAUGAAUCUGGAAAAAUGGGUCAUGAAUUUGACAAAUACUGGAAGACCUCCUCUUAGAUGCAGUUGGCUCGAUAUUGCUAUUUUAAAAUAUUCAAUCUAAAUUAAAAGACAUUCAUCAAUUAAUCUUACUAAAUUAGAUAUCUUAGCUUUGGUUAGAAGAAAUGA